GGUUCUUUAAUUGCCUAAUAAAACGAAAGGCCUUCUUUGCUUGGCCAAGUUUCACUUCUCGUUAAAAUUCUUCUCCAAGUGCCUUCAUUCCUUAUUCAUUAAGGCUGCUGAUUUCUUAUCAAAUUUUUAGGUUCCUAUUUAAAUCAUAAAAUCUCUUUUGGUUUUAAUCUCUUCCAAGUUCAAAUGGAAAAUACCCGUUGCAUUAACCUUUUAGCCUCUAACAAUUUAACAAAACAGACAUUAGAUAACCAGCAAACAUAUACAGAAAACUCAGCUUUGGAAAAUACGCAUCAUGAUUCUGAUAAUGAAAGUUCCAAUCACAGCGCCACUUUUGAUCCACAUCCAUCACUGUGUGAGGGGUUGCUUAGCUUGCAUGAAGGAGACAAAGCUUUUGACCUUAUAAAUAGAAAACUGAUUUCUGGUUUGGGUGCGCUUUGGACACAAGCCGAGUUUGUGGGCAUUCAAAGAAACUUGUUUUCUGGGGUUAUAGGACAAGCUAGAAUCCAAUCUUUUCAGAUUUUCACCAAAGCAUUAGCUAAAAAAAUUGGGGGUGAUGCAAAUGUGAAAUAUGCUUGGUAUUCUAGUACAAAAGAUGAGAUUUGCAAGAUUAUACAACAUGGUUUUAGCAGUUAUGGAAUGCCUAAGAACGAUAGAUUGUAUGGCUGUGGCAUCUAUCUCUUUCCUGAUGUUUUACCCAUGGAAUGUGUGAAGAACUCUGUUGUUGAUAAAGAUGGACUAUUAUAUAUGUUGUUGUGCCGCGUUCUGUUGGGUGAGGUAGAGAUUGUGCACUCGGGUUCUGGUCAGUCUCAUCCAAGUUCAGUGGAGUUUGAUUCUGGUGUAGACAAUUUAGAGGCGCCAAAGAGGUAUAUUGUAUGGAGCAGUAACAUGAACACUCAUAUCUUGCCAGAGUAUAUCAUAAUUUUAAAGGCUCCCUCUUACUUAAAGGGUAUUGGGAGAUCCCCUGAAUCAAUGAGAAAGCCAACUUCACCUUGGAUGUCAUUUCCAAUUCUAAUUUCUGCACUGUCAAAGAUUUUGCCUUCACCCACUAUUGCUUUGGUCACUAAAUGCCAUAGAGAUCAUAGAGAAAAUAAGAUAUCACGGCGUGAGCUGAUACAAAAAGUGAGGCAGAUUGUUGGAGAUCGACUGUUGAUUGCGGUCUUUAAAUCCUACCCAGCUAAGAGUCCUCAGCAAUUUGUCAAUCAUAUUGGACAUCAGGAAGAAGCAAUGUGAAACUGACAUGUGAUAUUGUGUUAGCUGACAGAAUUGCAGCAGAUCAAGUGAUGUAGCUACUUUUAUCUAUUGAAAGUUUUGCAAUUUGUUCAAUUGAAUAAAAUAGAAAAACAUGGUUUUCUAUACAACACCAAAGAAAAGUUGUUGUUUUGUUUUAAACCAAGUCCAUUGCCAAUGUGCUUUGAGCACAAUCAUGGCAACUUAUAGAGGAAACUAUACAGUUUGAUGGUCGGAUUUCUCUUCUAAUUGUUUUCAGCAGAUUUGACUAUUUUAUUUUGGAGCUUUAUGACUCACUAUUCUAUCACAAUUUACAUAUGAAAUAUUGAUUUUAUCUUUUUAA